AUGCACCUGUGGUCUCAUUAUACACGUCACUUGGGGCUCCCUCCUCAGGUCUCAGUCCCGCCACCCAACCCGCAAUACACGGGGAAGGAAAUCUUGCGAAGGCCUCAAGCAGACAGGUCCCGCCAAGGUGGCCGCGCCGCCAGUCCCGCCUUCUCGCCUCUGGGGCCCGAGGUGGCGCCAAGUCUGGUCCCCGCCGCUCCCCGCGGACCCGUCUCCGGAGCGCGCGUCCUCUGGCGCCUCCACUUGGGGAGCAGCUGCGACACCAAAGCAGUGUGUGUUGCCCCUUUUCUGAAUCAGGUAGCAGCAGAGCGUGUGGACAUGGAAACCAGUGCUCCCGGCAAGAAGCCAUGGUGGACCGAGCCCGAAAACUUUCAUGCUCCAAUGGUAUUUUACUUGGAAGAGGCCCAGGAGGAGCUUAUCUUCGGGCAGAGUGACACAUACCUUCGCUGCAUCGAGGUGCACAGCUACACCCUCAUUCAGCUGGAGAGUUGGUUUACACCCACAGGGCACACUCGUGUCACUGUAGUCGGGCCAUUCAGUGCAAGGCAGUGGCUGUUGCACAUGAUAUCCCGAGUGAUAAGCCAGGACUCCUACCGUCAAGCCCAGGGCCUCAAGAUGCUGGAGCGUGUCCGGAGCCAGCCCCUGAGCGAGGAUGACCUGGAGACCCCCAUGAGCAUGGAGCCCAACACCGGGGACCUGUCAUUGGCCAGCAGGAUGAGUGGAACCAUCUCUCUUAGUGCUCCUGUGGCUUCCCAUUCCCACCUGGCUGGAUGUUCCGAGUUCCAUCCGAGUUCCUUCUAUUGGGGAUAA